AUGAAAUAUGAAAUCCUACUGAAAAUUGGCGUGUGCUAUCCGAAUAGCAGUACGAUAGUGGCCAAAAUGGCAAGCCAUCGAAUCGAAGAAUCGGACGAGUUGCAGAAAUCCGUCGAACAACAACAAACUUCGCCAAGUUCACCACCAUUGAAGCAGUUCAUUGUGUCUUGUAGUUGA